UGCACCACAAAUACUACAAAAAUCCAGAAGCAACUGAGAACCUCAACUUCUACAACAUUCUCUCAUUGGGUCUUAAAUUUUCUGAACACAGACUAAAAAAUUACAGGUAGUCUAAAAGUAUCUCACUUCUCUUCAAUUUCUGAAGUGGUUGAGGAAAUGAGAACAGCUUUACUUACCAGUGGCAGCUUUUGCUGGACUUAUCAGCCGCAAGCAGUCCCUUCCCAGAGUUUGGUUGUUCAAUCUUCAUUGGAACAUGGAACUUGUAGGACAAAAGCAGAGAAUGGUUUGGUUGAUGAAGAAGCUGAGAACUUUUCUGGGAUUUUGAAGAGAAGAUCAGUGCUGCUGUCUGCUGGAGUUUCUUUGUUUUCUUCUGCAGUAUUGGGUUUUCCAAGGGAAGGCUUGGCAGUGGUAAAACAAGGUCUUCUAGCAGGCAGGAUUCCCGGUCUGUCUGAACCGGAUGAACAAGGAUGGAGGACAUACCGCAGACCAGAUGAGAAGUCUGGAGGUCAUGGCGUUGGUUGGAGCCCUAUCAUCCCUUAUCUCUUUUCAGUUCCUCAAGAUUGGGAAGAGGUUCCUGUAUCAAUAGCAGAUCUAGGUGGUACAGAGAUCGAUUUGAGAUUCGGUAGCUCCAAGGAGGGGCGCCUCUCUGUCAUUGUUGCCCCUGUCCUGAGAUUUGCAGAUAAUCUUGAUGGAGAUGCCACAAUUGAAAAAAUUGGACGUCCAGAGACAGUGAUCAAUGCAUUUGGACCGGAAGUUAUUGGGGAGAACGUUGAAGGGAAGGUUAUGAGCAUAAAUGUUGUACGAGACUCUGGAAGAACAUAUUACCAGUAUGAGUUGGAGCCGCCUCAUGCUCUGAUCACAGCAACUGCAGCUGGGAAUCGCCUGUACUUGUUUAAUGUGACCGGAAGUGGUCUUCAGUGGAAGAGGCAUUACAAGGAUUUGAAAAAAAUAGCCAACUCCUUUCGUGUCGUCUAACUGAGAUUUUUUUGUCACCUGAGGUAGCAUAAAGAUAAAGUUCUCCAUUUUGAUUUUCAUACUUGUAAUAUACACAAGGGGAAAAGAAUGAAAGUCUGUGCAGCAAAAACGAGUUCUUUGUAACUGAAAACCAGCACAAUUGUGUUGAAUGUGCAAAAUACAUUUUGCUAAAGGAUUUUUAAGAACCCUUGCAGUGAUUUCAUGUUCAGAAGUAUCCAGAAGCUGAUGCUACUCCAGUUUUUAUUCAAUGCCUAAACAAUCCAAGAUUUGACGACUCCACUUUUGUU